AUGAAGUCAAGUUUCGCUGGACCCUCUCAGCGCACUUGCCUAUUUCAGGGCUAUGAGACAGUUCAUGAGGACUCCACUACACUGCAGGACUUAUGUGGCACAAGCCCACAGGCAUUUGCCCUGCUCCUCAGUCUCCUCAGCAACCUCCGUGUAAGGGAAGUGGACGUGACUGUACCCAACAAGCUGCUGCUAUUUCUUAUGAAACUGAAGCUGGGGAUAACAUUUACCAGCCUUGGUGCACUGUUUGGUGUCCGACGCUACACAGCAGCAAGGAUAUUUUUCCUCAUCCUGGCAAACUUGGUAGAAGCUACAAGGAAACUGAUAUUUGCACCUUCAAGAGACACCGUCCGAGCAACGCUUCCCCAGUGCUUCUUGGAACACUAUCAUACGUGUAGGUACAUUAUUGACUGCACAGAAGUCAGGACCGAGUCUCCAGCUUCAGUAGAAAAACAGCGAACCCUCUACUCCAACUACAAGGGGGGCAUGACUCUCAAGUUUCUUGUUGCUAUUGUUCCCAAUGGACAAAUCGCAUUUGUUUCGGGGGCAUACGGAGGACGUGAAAGUGACACUGCAAUAACCGUGCAGUCUGGCUUUCUGGACCUUAUUGAAUCAGGGGACCUCGUUCUAGCUGACAAGGGAUUCCCUGGCAUAAACUCACACCUAGGUGAUAAAGGUGCAAUUCUUGUAAUGCCCCCAUUCUCAUCGGGAAGUGCACAGUUCAGUAGCUCGGAAAUGGAUACCACAUAUCACAUUGCCCAAGUCAGAGUCCAUGUGGAGCGUGUUAUUCAAAGGUUAAAAAUUUACAAUAUUCUUAACCGUACUGUGCCUGCAGACCUUGUCCCGUACAUGCCUGACAUUUUCCGCAUCUGUGCGGUGCUUGUUAAUUUGCAGCCACCAGUUUUUAAACAUGAAAGCAAUUAG